GUCGAUUGUCCGGCCGUCCUCGACAUUUUCAACGACACCGCCGCUUGUACCGAGUACUACAGAGUGAACACAGCAUAUAUCGAGAUUUACUACGAGCAGCUGAAUUUCGAAACGCUGAGGGAGACAGCUGGUUAUACGGUACGUGCUAAGAUCUUAAGAGUGCGUUCGAAGUAG